AUGACUUCUACGUAUGAUUUCUAUUCUUGUUAUCAAAAAUCCGGUCAACCAUUCGCUGAAUGGAAAGCGGAAUUAUGCGAAAAGCUUCGUCAUUGUGCUUUUACCACAUCAGCUUUACAUCGUAGACCGCAAGACCGUGCACUUCGUGAUAUGUAUGCGAUAGGAGCUAAUAGCAAUAAAGUUCGACAAGCAUUACUUAAGGAACAAGAUCCUGAUUUAGAAACAACUGAAAAGAUAACCCAAUUAGCUGAACGUUUGGAAGAAGAUGUUCGUCAUUUUUCUGCUCCAAAUAAUCAUAAUGACUAUUCAGUGGCCAAGCUACACAACCGUCAACGACACCAAAAACAACCAGAUCAUAAUUCAUUUAAAAAAGAUAAUUAUAAAGCAUGUGAAACAUGCGGAUCAAAUAAACAUCUUCGAUCAAAAUGCAAAUAUCGUGAGUUUAUUUGUAAUUUUUGUAAACGAUCUGGUCAUUUAGAACGAAUAUGCAGACAAAGAAAUGAAAAACAAAAUUCAACCAAACACAUAACUACAAUUUUUAAAUUAAAUAAUCUUGAUCGAAUUGAACAACUUAAUAAUUAUUCAUGUACUGUGCCAUUGAAAGUCAAUGAUCAUGAUAUUGAUUUUGAAUUAGAUACUGGAACAUUUAAUACAAUUAUUAGUAUCUACGAUUGGUAUAAAUUGGGAUCACCUACUAUUCAUCCAUCUCAAUUAGAAUUGAAAUGUUAUAGUGGAGCACGUAUUAAAAUUAAAGGUGAAUGUUAUGUUACAGUUCAAUAUCAAAACAAAAAUUUUCAAUUAUUAAUGAUAAUUGUUAAUGGUAAAAGUGAACCACUUCUUGGUCUUAAAUGGAUUAACAUAUUACAACUGGACUUAAACAGUCUUAUUCAUACACGAAUUCCUAUUGAACAUCACAUUAACAAGGCAUAUGAUCUUGGACAUUGUACUAAAGUUCAAGCUCAUAUUCAACUGAAAUCUGAUGCUAUACCAAAAUUUUUCAAACCACGGCCAAUACCAUUUGCAUAUCUUACAGGUGUUAAAGAAGAAAUUGAACGUAAUGUUAAUGCUGGUAUUUUAGAACGUAUUGAUGCUUCGCCUUGGGCAGCACCAAUAGUUCCAAUUAAAAAACCAAAUGGUAAAAUUCGAAUUUGUGGCGACUUCAAAGUUACAAUUAAUGCUCAAAUAUUAGUUGAUCAACAUCCAAUUCCAUCAAUUGAUGAACUUCUGUCUCGACUUAAUAAUGGUGAAAAAUUUACAAAAUUAGAUUUAUCAGAUGCUUAUCUUCAAGUAGAAUUAGACGAACAAAGUAAAAGUCUAGUUGUUAUUAAUACACCAUUGGGUUUAUUUCGAUACAAUCGUAUGCCAUUCGGUAUUUCAAAUGCACCGGCAAUUUUUCAAAGAAUUAUUGAUCAAGUAAUUGCUGGUAUUUCAAAUUCAAUUGCGUAUCUUGACGAUAUAUUAAUUACUGGUAAAAAUGAAGAAGAACAUUUGCAAACACUUGAAAUGGUUCUUAAACGUUUAUCAGAAUUUGGAUUUACAUAUAAUCCAGAAAAAUGCUUAUUUUUUCAAGAUGAAGUUUCAUAUCUUGGUUUUAUAAUUGACAAAAACGGAAAACGUCCUGAUCCAAGUCGUGUUGAAGCUAUUAUACAUAUGCCUGCACCAAAAAAUGUUAAAGAAAUUGAAGCUUUUAUAGGUAAAAUUAACUAUUAUGGAAAAUUUAUUUCAAAUUUUUCACACAAAUGUAAACCAUUAAAUGAAUUACGAAAAAAAAAUACCCGAUGGGUAUGGACAAAAGAAUGUCAGUCAUCAUUUGAAUGUCUUUUACAUGAAAUUUCGAAAACAACUACAUUAGUACACUGUGAUCAUCGAUUACCACUUAUUUUAGCUACAGAUGCUUCAAAUUAUGGUUUAGGAGCUGUUCUUUUACAUCGUUAUUCUGAUGGUUCAGAAAAACCAAUAGCUCAUGCUUCAAAAACAUUAAAAAAUACGGAACGUAAUUAUAGUCAAAUCGAAAAGGAAGCACUUUCAAUAAUAUUUGGUAUAAAAAAAUUUCAUCAAUACUUAGCUGGUCGUACAUUUGAACUUGUUACUGAUCAUAAACCUUUAUUGUCUAUUUUUAAUCCAACAAAAGGUAUACCAGUAACAACAGCAAACAGGCUUCAACGUUGGGCAAUAUAUCUUAUGGGAUAUAAUUAUAGCAUACGUUAUAAACCUACGAAAUUACAUGGAAAUGCUGAUGCAUUAUCAAGAUUACGAAUACCAUAUAAUAAUUCAUUUAUUGACAGUGAUGCAAUUCAAAUAAAUUAUAUUCAACAACACCUUAUUGAACAAUGGCCAUUAAAACCAGAGGAAAUUGCAAAAGCAACCACCAAUGAUGAUAUACUUAAACAAGUAAGGCAUUUUACUCUUACUAAUUGGCCUUCUUCAUUUUCUAAAUCAACAAAUCCAAAAUGA